AUGCUCUGUAAAUUCCAUUUAAAAAAGCAGUUCCAUUUCCCUCCAAAACCUUAUUCAUUUAUCACACAAUGCUUCGGUAACCCUUGUCAUCAACCCCAUUUAUGGAGCUCCUUGAGUAGACUCAGAGCUUCUGUGAAUGUCCCUGAUGAAACCCAUUUCAGGGACCCUAACACUGUUCAUUUGUUUUGUUCCAAUGCUCUAAAAGUCUCUGCCAAAAAGGCCUUUCUUCCUGAAGGAAAACAGUUACAUGCCCAUUUGAUAAAGUUUGGAUUUUGUCAUGUGCUAUCCUUACAAAAUCAGAUUUUGAGUGUUUAUCUUAAAUGUAAGGAAACUGAAGAUGCAGAGAAACUGUUUGAGGAAUUGCCUUGCAGAAAUGUGGUGUCAUGGAAUAUUGCAAUUCAUGGUAUUGUUGGAUGUGGCAAUGAAAAUGACUCCAAUGCACAGCUUUGUUUUUCUUAUUUUAAAAGGAUGUUGUUGGAAAUGGUGGUUCCAGAUGAUAUAACUUUUAAUGGUCUUAUUGGUGUGUGUGCUCAGUUUCAUGCUAUUUGCACGGGUAUCCAGUUGCAUUGUUUUACAGUGAAACUGGGUUUUGAUUUGGAUUGUUUUGUAGGUAGUGCUCUCGUUGAUUUAUAUGCAAGAUGUGGUUUAGUUGAGAAUGCAAGGAGGGUUUUUUAUGUUGUUCAAUGUAGAGAUUUGGUUAUGUGGAAUGUGAUGAUUUCUUGCUAUGCCUUGAAUUGUUUACCAGAAGAGGCUUUUAGCAUGUUCAACUUGAUGCGAUUGGAUGGUGCAAAUGGGGAUGAGUUCACUUUUAGCAGCCUUCUUAGUAUAUGUGAUACUUUGGAAUAUUAUGAUUUUGGAAUGCAGGCUCACAGUCUUAUUCUGAGACAGUCAUUUGAUUCAGAUGUUUUAGUGGCUAGUGCAUUGAUCAACAUGUAUGCCAAAAAUGAAAAUAUAAUUGAUGCACACAGAGUAUUUGAUAAGAUGGUGAUUCGAAAUGUUGUGGCAUGGAAUACCAUAAUUGUUGGAUAUGGGAAUUAUGGAGAUGGGAAUGAGGUUAUGAAGCUUCUGAGAGAGAUGCUUGGGGAAGGGUUUUUCCCUGAUGAACUGACUAUGUCCAGCACUAUUAGUUCAUUUGGCUAUGCUUCUUCCGUUACUGAAACACUGCAAGCUCAUGCCUUUGCAGUUAAAUUAUCGUUUCAAGAAUUUUUAUGUGUUGCCAAUUCUUUGAUUAGUGCAUACUCCAAGUGCGGUAGCAUUACUAGUGCAUUUAAAUGUUUCAGAUCAACUGUAGAACCUGAUCUCAUUACGUGGACUUCAUUGAUAAAUGCAUAUGCAUUCCAUGGUCUUGCCAAAGAAGCAACUAAGAUGUUUGAGAAGAUGCUAUCUUGUGGCAUAAUACCGGAUCGAAUUUCUUUUCUUGGUGUUCUUUCUGCUUGUGCCCAUUGCGGACUUGUGACUAUGGGACUUCACUACUUCAAAUUAAUGAUCAAUGUGUAUCAGAUUGUUCCUGAUUCAGAGCAUUAUGCCUGCCUUAUUGACCUUCUUGGAAGAUAUGGCCUUAUAAAUGAGGCUUAUGAAUUCUUGAGGUCAAUGCCAAUGGAAGCUGAAUCAAAUAUGUUAGGAGCAUUUAUUGGAUCUUGCAAGCUCCAUGCAAAUAUAGGAAUGGCUAAAUGGGCUGCAGAAAAGCUCUUCAUCAUAGAGCCAGAGAAGAUUGUAAACUAUGCCCUUAUGUCUAACAUCUAUGCUUCUCAGAGACAUUGGUAUGAUGUGGAAAGAGUGCGGAAAAUGAUGGGUGACAAACCUGAUGCAAAAGUACCAGGUUGCAGCUGGAUAGAGAUUGCUAAUCAGGUUCAUUCAUUUGUAUCCGGUGAUAAGACCCACCCUAAUGCUUUAGAAAUGUAUGCUACAUUAAAAAUGUUGCUUAGGCCAAUGAAGGAAAGAAAUCAUGGUAUGAAUUUGUAA